AUGGCAGCAGCAGCAGCAGACCCCAUCUCCACCUCCCUGCCCACCCGCCCGGCCAACCCAUCCACCAUCCACCCUCUGGCCCCCAUCAACCGCGACGAAAUCCAAGCCGCCGUCGCACUCAUCCGCGCCCAAUGGCCCCCGGGACAGGAUCUCCAUUUCAAAGCCAUCACGCUCCAGGAGCCCGCCAAAGCGGAGACCCUGCCGUACCUGGAAGCGGAAUUCCACGGCCGUAGUGGUGACGGUGGCGGCGAAUCCCAUCAUAUCGAUCGCAAGGUCUUUGUUACGUAUUAUCUCCGCAAGACGGUGAGUAUAUCGAGAAUGAAAAAUCGAAAUUGAAAACGACGUGGCUGGGAGAGAGUGCUUGCUCAUGUGUCUUUCUCCUCCUAGAAUAAAUUCCACGAGGCUGUCGUGAAUCUCACACAGCAAGCGGUGGAGUACAACGUGAGGUUGGGCGCGAACCUGCACGCCCCGGGUGACGGGGAGGAGAUUUCUGCCAUGGAGAAGAUCGCGUUGGAGGAUGAAGGGGUGCAGGCUGCAUUGGCCGAGUUGAAAUUACCCGAGGGUGCGAAGGUGGUGGUGGAUCCUUGGAUUUACGGUAUGUUUGGAGGAUAUAUCCAUCCAGAGGCGAGGGCUGCUUUUUUCCUUCCACAUCAAGCUCACAGUUCCCCAGGCUCGGACGGUAUCGACGACGAUGAGAGGUUGUGGCAAUGCUUCAUGUACUUGCGCGACCCGCUCAACUCCGACGAGGCGGAUUCGAACCACUAUGCGUUCCCCUUGAGCAUCUCCCCGGUCAUCAGCUGCGCGGAGAUGAAAGUCAUUCGGAUCGACCGCUUGCCCACCGGAAAGGAUAACACCAUCACCGCGGCCAGGCCAUGGAACCCAAAGCCUGCGAACGAAUACGUGCCCGAAUACCAGAAACUGCGAACAGAUCUGAAGCCGCUCCAAGUCGUACAGCCCGAGGGCGCCAGUUUUGUCGUCUCGGAGCAAGGGACGUCGAACGUCGUCGAAUGGCAGAAAUGGUCGUUCCGCGUCGGCUUCAAUCAGCGCGAAGGCAUGGUGCUGUAUGACGUCCGGUACGAGGGCCGGAAUCUGUUCUACCGUCUCGCGCUUUCGGACAUGAACAUCCCGUACGCGGACCCGCGGCAUCCAUUCCAUAAGAAAGCGGCCUUCGAUCUUGGAGAUGCUGGGGCGGGGAUUAUGGCUAAUGAUCUGAAGCUUGGCUGUGAUUGUCUGGGGUCGAUUCAUUAUCUCUCCGCGACUCUGGCUGAUGAUAAGGGCAAUCCCCUCGAGAUGCCGAAUGUCGUCUGUAUCCAUGAGCAAGACGGUGGGAUCGGAUGGAAGCAUACCAAUUACCGUACUGGCCGCGCAGCCGUGGUUCGCAACCGGGAACUCGUCAUCCAGAGUAUCAUCACGGUCGCGAACUACGAAUGUGAGUUCCCACCCAAGCACUAUGAUGAUGAUGAAGAAGAUGAGAAAGAAGAACAACACACUAACCUGUUUCCCCCAUUCUCCUGCUAGACAUCAUGGCUUUCAUGUUCAACCAAGCCGGCGAACUCACCUACGAAGUCCGCGCCACCGGAAUCCUCUCCACCCAACCCAUCGACGACGACAUCCAGGUCCCCUGGGGCACCAUCGUCCACCCGGGCGUGCUCGCGAGCCACCACCAACACAUCUUCUCCCUCCGCGUCGACCCCAUGAUCGACGGGCCCCGCAACCGCCUCGUGUACGACGAAGCGCACCCCAUGCCCCGUUCGGAUUUCAACCCUCACGGCACGGGCUACACCACUACCGAGACUCUCGUCGAAACCUCGGGAGGCUACAAUAUCGACUAUGAAGCCAACCGAAUCUUCAAGAUCCAGAAUGCAGGCAAGAGGAAUGCCAUCAAUGGAAAGCCUGUCGCGUACAAGAUUCACGCCCCGCCGUUUCAGAAAAUGCUCUCGGACGAGGAGAGUUUUAAUUUCAAGCGGGCGGAAUUUGCAGAUAAGAAUUUGUACGUGACAAAGUACGCGGAUGGGGAGCUUUAUGCUGGUGGUGAGUCUCGAAUCAUCUUUUUUUUUUCCUCAAGAGGGGAAGCAGUGGAAGUUGUGAAACAGAAAUUGACCGUGAACAUCAGGUCGAUACACCAAUCAAUCGCGAGGCGGAAGCGGAGUACGCGCAUGGGCGGACCGCAAGGACAACAUCGUCGACGAGGACCUCGUGGUCUUCGUGCAGUUCGGCAUCAACCAUGUAAGCACCGCAUUCCAAAGCAAGAUUCCUUGUCGUCUUUUCGGCAUCCAGGCAUUGCCCCUGCUGAUUCAAGAGUGAAUGUUCCAGAUUCCACGCAUUGAAGAUUUCCCUGUGAUGGUACGUAUACCCCCAAGAACAUACCUCAACGGACAUUCACAUCUCCGUCUUCCGACGUCUUGGCGUGCUGUCGCUGAUACUUGAGGUGUUUCAUUUUAGCCGUGCGAGAUCAUCAAAGUGGCGAUGAAGCCGGUGAAUUUCUUCGACAGGAAUCCCGCUCUGGAUGUGCCGCCGAGCACGCAGCAGUUCAACCAGAGCGUACUGCUGAGUGAGCAGCACCACCAGGGUUUUGCCGAGGGCAAUGUGCAAGCUGAUGGCGGCUGCUGUGCCGCCUCCGCGAAGCUAUAG